CGGUCCACCUUAAACGUGUGUGACAAACAUGGCGCCCCCUCCGUGCCCCGCCCUGGGCGAACACUGACUCGACGCUAUUAUCAGCAGCUCUGUGUGUGUGUGUGUGAGUGUGUGUGUGAGUGUGUAUCACGGAGGAAACUCCACUGUGAAAAGUCCACAGUACAUUAUCAACUCCCAAAGUCCAAUGGUCACUGUGCAGCAGCAGCAGAGCGACUCCUCCCGCACAAAGCACCCAGCCUGCAGGACGUGCUGACCGGGGCUGAGCUCAUCCGGAUCCGACCCAGAGAAAACAACAAAGUUGAGGCCGGUGUUAUCGCACUCAUGUCCGGGCAGCCUGGAUUCGUGAGCCCGUUCCACAGACCUCCGUGUCUGGCUGCUGCAGCUCCGGCGGGGAAAGCCAAAUUCACGCACCCGGGCAAGGCGAUCCUGGCAGGAGGGUUAGCAGGAGGCAUCGAGAUCUGCAUCACCUUCCCCACAGAGUACGUUAAAACACAGCUGCAGUUAGACGAGAAAGCGAAUCCUCCCAAAUACAAAGGCAUCGUUGACUGUGUGAAGCAGACGGUGAACAGUCAUGGGGUGAGGGGUCUUUACAGAGGUCUGAGCUCACUGGUGUACGGCUCUAUACCCAAAGCAGCUGUCAGAUUCGGGAUGUUCGAGUUCCUCAGUAAUAAGAUGCGCGAUGAAAACGGUAAACUGGACAGCAAACGAGGAUUCCUCUGUGGCCUCGGGGCUGGAGUCGCAGAGGCUGUGGUCGUAGUCUGUCCAAUGGAGACAGUAAAGGUCAAAUUCAUCCAUGAUCAGACAUCAGCAAACCCAAAGUACAGAGGAUUCUUCCACGGGGUGAGGGAGAUUAUUAGAUCUGAAGGACUGAGGGGGACUUAUCAAGGCCUAACAGCCACCGUGCUGAAACAAGGCUCCAACCAGGCAAUUCGCUUCUACGUCAUGACUUCACUGAGGAACUGGUACAAAGGUGAUGACCCUAACAAAGCCAUCAACCCUGUGAUAACUGGACUCUUUGGAGCUGUUGCUGGUGCUGUCAGUGUGUUUGGAAACACUCCCUUGGAUGUGAUUAAGACCCGAAUGCAGGGUCUUGAAGCUCACAAGUACAAAAGCACAUUGGAUUGUGCCGUCAAGAUCAUGAAGCAUGAGGGACCGAUGGCGUUCUACAAAGGUACUGUUCCCCGGCUCGGUCGGGUGUGUAUGGAUGUGGCCAUAGUCUUCAUUAUCUACGAGGAAGUUGUGAAGAUCCUGAAUAUUGUUUGGAAGACGGAUUAAAAAUGGACAUCGUGGUGCCACACAAGCAGGAGUGUUGGGACAAAGGCCAGUCACGUUAUUAACCCGGCCUGAGUCCCAAACUGAUUUCUUUAAACCCUGCUUCUAGGUUCUAAUAUCUACCUCUAAGUGAUUUUCAGUGAGACAGAAAGGGAUUGGUAUGUUCUUGAUUUUUAUUACAAGUGGAAGCAUUACCUGCAUAAAAAAAAAGCCUCCAGAUUUGUAGGGUGCUUACACUUGGUCUCUUUUCUUAAAUUUCUAGAAGGGGGACGUUCCUUAAGAGCUCAGGGACAGGAACGAGGCAUUUAUUUGGAUCUGACUGACUAAAGAAAUGAGAAGUGCUACAGUGCUUUUGAGUUAAUUUAUACGAAUGCUGUAUGUACUUUAAUCAAAGAGAAACCAAUCCCCGACCCAACAUAAUGUGAUUUAGACACUGUAGGAAAAGAAAUUAUACUUGAAACGAGAGAUUUUAUCAGAGAACAAACAUUUUAAAGCCCUUUUAUAUGCAACCAUUUAGUUUGUUUUUCUUUUUUUUAACUUCUCAAAACCUUUAUUCCCUUCAGUACAUGGUGAAAUAAUUUAUAUUGAGAUGUCAUGCUGCAGAGGCUACAGGUACUUAACAACUAAAUGCCUUAAAUCACAUUAAAAUGUCAAAUAAAUUAGGAUUGUAGGACCCAUACAGAUUUGCAUAUUUACACAACUUAUUUAGAAACGCACCUUUCCACACAACAGUAGCCCGAGGUGUGUGUGAAGAAGAGGUUUCGCCUUUUAAGUUGCAGAGAUGCUUUAAGUCAGUUAACUUUCUAGAUUAACGCUAUGAAAAGUGCCUAUGUGUUGUAUGAUUCAUUUUGAGAUCUUUUGAGAUUAAGAAUGAUUGACUGUUGUCUGUAAUUAGUCACUACAGAUGUUUCAGACACAUUGCAGUGUUUUUGCCAGAUGUUUAAUUCCCAGCAGUUUCUGUUACAUCUGGGAUGUUUCUAUCUUCUGAAUUCUGAUUAACUGUUUAGUGUUUUGAUGAUUUUUAUUUUUUAUGCUUCUAAAAUUGCCUUUAUUGCAUCAACAUGCAUGUUUUGAGAAAUGCCAUUUAUAGUGCCUUCCAUCUCAUUCCAUGGAGGACGAGCGGUUUAGCAUAGCUUUUACUUCAGAUGUUUAAUUUUUCGGUGUAACAUUAAUUGCCUUUAUGCCAUUAUAUUCCAACUGACGACCCAAUGUGCCAACUGCUGCUCCUCAUAUAUAUAGAAAAAAUGCCACGUUUAUAGUGCAGUUUGUAGCUUGUGAGUCUGGCAUGUUUACAUGCGAUGCAAUUAAUUUUGUUAUUACCUUUCUGAUCUUCAGCUUCAGUUCCGGAGCUUGCAUACAUCUAGACCUAUGUCAUGUGUCAUAGCUGUUCAAAUAUCUUUGUUUUCAUAUAAACACAUGAAAACAUUUCAAUGUAAAACCAAGUAUUGUGCCUUCGCGGACUAGUGUGUAGAAUUUAGUGGCUUCAAGCGUGAGUGACCUCACCUCUGCUCGGCAUCCUGUUUAUCCUGUUUCAAGCAUGAAAGGCGAAAGUUGUAAAUGCAAAAGGUCCUAUCUGGAGCCACUUGUGGUGUCUGUAGAUAUGAAACGACUCAUUCUACGGUAACAAAACAUAACGAUUAUUAUUUUCAGGUGAUUAUUACAGAAGCCCUAAGCGGUCAUAAAUACAUACAUUUUAAUUUCAUCUAUUUUCUCGUGGUAAUUGGUGGUUAAUUUUUCUUGCUUUUUGCGAGAUCUCAAGUUAUAUAUGUCUUUAUCUUGAAAUAACCAAUGUUACCCCAAGAUAAUGGGAUAAUUCUCUCGAGAGCUCAUGAUAAUGAAACUUUGUUUUCAUGUUCUUCCUAGAAACAUAAUUAAGACCUCGAGAAAACAAAAGUACAGUCUAGUAUGUUAAAUCAUUGCAGGAAACAUUCAGUAUAGCAAUGUCAGUAGCAAAUUAAUUGAGUUGUGCUCUCGGGAAAACAGUUUUGUUAUCUUGAGAUAAGUGACAAGAGAUUUAGAGAAAACAAAUGAAAUUAAGUCUUUAUCAUAAGACAAAAGAAGAAAUGAAAUAUAUAAAUGUAUGACUGCUUGGGGCUUCCGUAGGUUAGACACUAAUGAAAAUACAGUUUUGCCACUAAAUCUUACACACUUGGACCCUUCAGUCUAAUGAAUUCUAAUAUGUAUACUCACAAAUAAACAUUGGAUCAGACUGUUAA